AUUGCUCCUGAUUCUCUGAGCCCGAGCCCCGGCGCCGGCGCCGCCUCGCUCCUCACCGGGAGCCCCGCGAUGGAGGUCCCGCCCCGGCUUUCCCAUGUGCCGCCGCCGCCAUUGUUCCCCUCCGCGCCCGCGACUUUAGCCUCCCGCAGCCUCUCCCAUUGGCGGCCGCGGGCUCCCCGGCAGCUCGCCCCGCUCCUCCCGUCGCUCGCUUCCAGCUCCGCCCGGCAGGGGGCGCGCCGGACCCAGCGCCACGUCACCGCCCAGCAGCCCUCCCGAUUGGCGGGCGGGGCGGCUAUAAAGGGAGGGCGCAGGCGGCGGCCGGAUCUCUUCCGCCGCCAUUUUAAAUCCGGCUCCAUCCAACGCUCCGCCGCCACCGCCGCCGGGACCCGGACUGCGCGCCAGCACCCCGCCGCCGACGGCUCCGCCACCAUGGAGGACAUGAACGAGUACAGCAACAUAGAGGAGUUCGCAGAGGGAUCCAAGAUCAACGCGAGCAAGAACCAGCAGGAUGACGGUAAAAUGUUUAUUGGAGGCUUGAGCUGGGAUACAAGCAAGAAAGAUCUGACUGAGUAUUUGUCUCGAUUUGGGGAAGUUGUAGACUGCACAAUUAAAACAGAUCCAGUCACUGGAAGAUCAAGAGGAUUUGGAUUUGUGCUUUUCAAAGAUGCUGCUAGUGUGGAUAAGGUUUUGGAACUGAAAGAACACAAACUGGAUGGCAAAUUGAUAGACCCCAAAAGGGCCAAAGCUUUAAAGGGGAAAGAACCCCCUAAAAAGGUUUUUGUGGGUGGACUGAGUCCAGAUACUUCAGAAGAACAAAUUAAAGAAUACUUUGGAGCCUUUGGAGAGAUAGAAAAUAUUGAGCUUCCCAUGGAUACAAAAACAAAUGAAAGAAGAGGAUUCUGUUUUAUCACAUACACAGAUGAAGAACCAGUAAAGAAAUUGUUAGAAAGCAGAUACCAUCAAAUAGGGUCUGGGAAGUGCGAAAUCAAAGUUGCACAGCCCAAAGAGGUGUACAGGCAGCAGCAGCAACAACAAAAAGGUGGAAGAGGAGGAGCAGCUGGUGGAAGAGGUGGAGCUAGGGGGCGUGGAAGAGGUCAGGGCCAAAACUGGAACCAAGGAUUUAAUAACUAUUAUGAUCAAGGAUAUGGAAAUUAUAAUAGUGCCUAUGGUGGUGAUCAAAACUAUAGUGGCUAUGGCGGAUAUGAUUAUACUGGGUAUAACUAUGGGAACUAUGGAUAUGGACAGGGAUAUGCAGACUACAGCGGUCAACAGAGCACUUAUGGCAAGGCAUCCCGAGGGGGUGGCAAUCACCAGAACAAUUACCAGCCCUACUGAGGAGGACCUGGGAGAAAGCAGGUGUGUGAGCUUACAGGACAGCAUUGGCAAUGUCUGAUUUCAUUUAAAGAUCAAUAGACAAAUGGAAAAGGAGUAAACAAAAUGUUGUGUAGUCUUCACUAAAUUGUUAAUUUUUUAAUUGCUUUAUGAGCCUGUUUUACCUAAAGUGUCUAUAGAUCUUUAACUUUAAAGUCUUACCUCACCUUUUUUAGAAUUACAGAAAAACUUAAGAGUUUUUCUGUUUGCUUUGUGUACCAGGAGGUUUAAACUUUUUUAGAACUAUUAACAGGUAAAGUACUGAAAUGGGUACAACUUAAGGAAAACAAGAAUGUUGUCUUCUAACUCUGACAUUAUACCUUGUUUGUACCCGCCAGCGGGAACUUCAUUGCAGGCCGUGUGUCACCCUGACCACGUCUAUCUCUGGGGGUCGCACGUUGCGGGCAGAGCGCAAGGCAUACACCAGAAAACGCUGUCCUGUGGUAUGGUCUCUUCCAACUUCAUGUACCAGCGUAAAGAUUAAAAGUGGAAACUUCAGACUUUGGCUUCUUUUUAAUCUUUUUGGAGAUUAAGUGUCUAAACUUAACUUAAAUGGUUUUUUGCAGGAGUUAAAGUACAUAAAUGCCUUUUUACAGCUUAAUCAUUUUGGUCUUCUGUUUAGUGUUGUAUUUCAAUUGUGGAGCCUCAUUUUAAGUGUCCAUUCUUUAAGAUUUAAUGCUUGCUUUUUCUUUUUAUAGCUAAUAGUGAAAUCUACAAACCCAAACAAGAACUUUUAAAUCUGGGAUAUAAGUUAAAGAUCACAUGCACAAAGCAGUUCGUUGUCAUGUUAUGCUCAGAAACCUGAGAUCUGCGUUGGUGAUAACACCCUCCUUGGCCUCCUAGAGCUGGGCCUCUAGAUGGUCUUUGUCUGCUGGGCUUGUGACUGGGAAGAUUUCCUUCCUGAGUUUAAAUAAGUCCUCCUAACACCAUUGGGGGCUCCAGUGAGUUUCUCAAAUACCCAAACUACACUUUGUUAAUGAAUAUGCAUGUGAUCUUUAAUUAUUGAAGAAAAGAAUAAAGUGAGGACUUAAACAAUUCAUGAAAGUGGACCUUUGCAAGCUUGUGAGGAUUGCACACAUCUAACGGUGGUUUUGUUUUUGUUUUAGGAGGUGUAAAGAAACCAUCUUACAGGACGACAUUGAAGAUUGCUUGAUCUUCUGUUGACCUAAGAUGAUUAUUUUGUAAAAGACUUUCUAGUGUACAUGACACAAUUGUGUCCAACUGUAUAUAGCUGCCAAUUAGUUUCUUUGUUUUCACUUUGUCCUUUGCUAUCUGUGUUAUGACUCAAUGUGGAUUUGUGUUUAUACACAUUUUUAUUUGUAUGAUUCAUGUUAAACCUCCAAUAAAUGCUUCCUUAUGUGAUUGUUUUUCUGCGUCAGGUACUACAUAGUUCUGUGGAAAUGUAAUUUUAUAAAGAAGCAAUAAUUAAGGCACAGCUUUUUUUGUAGGGGGCAUUGGUCCACAGGAAGAAACUGGUCCUAGUGUCCCUUGUUUCUGGUUUCUGUAGACAUAGUCUGUAAUUAAAGUCUAAGGCUUCAUUUCUCUGUUAGUGAGAUUGAUUCCACACCUUUUGAAUAAUGUUCCCCCUCCUGGUAUCUGGAGACUAACAACUACAGUCUAUUGUGAUUGGUGAAGCUUUCUAUCUUCUAGUGUGACCUGUGCUUUCAGAAUCUUUGUAAGGAAAAAUCCCCUUACUGAGCUAGGACUGCCUCGCUGGCACAGUGGUGUUCGAGUAUGAAUGAAGCCAGGGUUUCUAUCCCCAUCACCACAGAAAAUGAAAAGCCUGUUGGCAGCACAAAGCUUGUUAAAUGGCUAUCUUUGCUUGUUCCUAUCUGACAAACCAUGUAUAAUUCAUAGAUGGCUUUGCCUUUAAGAGUUGAUAACUUGUCUGCUAGAGAAAACUUGAGGUGGUCACCAUGGCUGUUGGGGUUUUAGUGCUGUAGAUAAAUGCAAGGGAAGAAUGCUGUCAAAUGGUAGUAAGGCUUACUCAGAUAUGUCUGGGAUUCUCCUGAAGUUUGGAUGGAGUGGGGUGAAUUUAGGAAAAGUUAGCACUUGGCACGUCCAUCCCACCAGAGUGUGUGAGCUGAGUAGAUUUCAGCAGUUCUGUAUUCAGAGGAAGGGGCAGUGGAGAAGAUGAGUCAUGUGGUCUAUCUUCUGGUGCAUUAAAAAUACUUUAAGGUAAUACAAGCUUUGAGUUUUCCAUUGAAUGCUUGUACUUAGAACAGGGGUUUCCAUGGUUCAACAGACGCUUCUGGGCUUGGGAUACAUUCAAGUUUAGAGUACUUGGUCUUAGAAGACCAGUGUAAGCUUUUUAUACUGAUAACCUUUUUUUAAAAUGCGUACAACUUUGUUCUGAUAGUAUUUGUACUUGUUAGGCUAUCGAGUUACAAUGCAUUGGCCUCAUUUUACUAUGGCCAAAUACCAGUGUUGGCUAUUAAAAAGAAUUGUUUGUUUUGACUUGCAGCCAAGACAACAGAAGGGAAACCAAUUCACAAUAUGUUAGUAGGUACAAUAUCCAGAAUAAGAAAUUAGGUGACAAGUUGACAUUAAGAUUGUCAUUUUUCCCUGAUCAAAAUGAAUAAAGUCUUUUUAAAAUAAAAUUUCUUUCAA